AUGGCAUUCACACAUUCUAUUCUAGUAUUCUUCAUAAUUCAGUCCUCCUUUUUCUCUGCCUCUCAUGCAUUUGCUCUCUCUUCUGAUGGAAUUUGCAGCAUCACCCCUUUUCCUAAUUUGUGCAAAACUUUACUCCCUCCAAACAAUUCUAUUGACAUUUAUGACUCAGGAAGGCUCUCCAUUCAGCUUUCCCUUUCAACAACUAAUCAGAUUAUUAACUCAAUUAUUGAUUUCCUCAAUCUAAAUUAUCUAUUACUGCCUAAAAGCACAGUUUCUGCUCUCCAUGAUUGCCAGUAUCUCCUUCGUCUAAACGUUGAUUUAUUACUAAAUGCUGCUGAUGUUGCUAAGAAAACGAAUAACUCACUUGAGAAUUCAGAAGCUAAUGAUGGUGAAACAUGGCUUAGUGCAACUAUUACUAAUAAACAAACUUGUUUGGAAGGUCUUCUAGAGGCGCCUUCUGUUUUACAGGUUGCUAACCUGAUUACACCUUUAAUUUCUAAAGGUAGUAUGAUAUGCAGUGUGUCACUUGCACUUUUUAAGAAAGGGUGGAAUCCUGGUUCUGGUGUAGGUGAUUUUAUAAGUGUGAGUAUGCUGAAAAUUAGACAAAAGGUUGUAGUGAAUCCAGAUGGAAGUGGGAACUAUACUAGUAUCAACGACGCGAUCGCAGCUGCCCCAAUUGAUAGCAUAGAAGAUGAAGGCUAUUAUCAGAUAUAUGUGGUUGCUGGUGUCUACAAUGAGUAUGUUUCCAUUGCUGCAAACAAGAAGUACUUGAUGAUGAUUGGCGAUGGCAUAGACAAAACUAUAAUCACUGGGAAUCGAAAUGUACCUGAUGGAUGGACAACUUUUAAUUCUGCCACAUUUGCUGUAGAUGGGCAAGGAUUUGUAGCAAUGAACAUUACGUUUAAGAACACAGCAGGAGCAGCAAAGUUCCAAGCUGUAGCCGUUCGGAAUAGCGCUGAUCUAUCCGCAUUCUACUACUGCAGCUUUGAAGGCUACCAAGACACACUUUACACACAUUCUCUGAGACAAUUCUACAAGGACUGUAAUAUCUACGGGACUAUAGAUUUCAUUUUUGGAAAUUCAGCUGUUGUUUUCCAAAAUUGUAACAUAUAUCCGCGUCUUCCAUUGCCCGGUCAGUUUAAUGCAAUUACAGCACAGGGCAGAACAGAUAUUAACCAGAACACAGGCAUAUCCAUUCACAAAUGUACCAUUACUCCGUCUAUUGAGUUGGCCUCGUAUACUGGCACAAAACCAGUACGGACAUAUUUAGGGAGGCCGUGGAAAGAGUAUUCGAGAACUGUUUAUAUGCGAUCAUUUUUGGAUAGUUUUAUUCAUCCUGAUGGUUGGUCGAUUUGGACAGACAAUUUCGCGCUGAGUACGUUGUAUUAUGCUGAAUUUAAGAACGAUGGUCCAGGAUCGGACACCAGUAAAAGGGUCCGAUGGCAUGGUUAUCGCGGUGAAAUUAGUUAUAUGGAUGCAUCUUCUUUCACUGUCUCCAAUUUCAUAUUCGGGAAUUAUUGGCUGCAUUGGACUGGAGUCCCUUACACUGGUGGUUUAUAUUUAUAA